UCGGCCACAGGCGUUCAGACCGCACAUUGCAAGUAUGGCCGGCGACAGCGAGGCACAUCUAAGGGACCGGGGCGAAAACAAUAACAAUGUUCGACAGCCUUUUCUCAUCGGUGUGUCCGGAGGCACCGCCAGCGGCAAGUCAUCAGUAUGCGAAAAGAUUAUGGAGCUGCUCGGGCAGAACAAGAUUGACCACCACCAGCGGCAGGUGGCGAUCCUCAGCCAGGACAGCUUCUACAGAGAGCUCACGCCAGAGCAGAAGGCCAAGGCGCUGAAGGGCCAAUUCAACUUUGAUCAUCCAGAUGCCUUUGACAAUGAGCUGAUCAUGAAAACACUCAGACAAAUACUGCAGGGAGAGACUGUCCAGAUCCCACUUUAUGACUUUGUCACCCAUUCCAGGAAAGAGGAGUUUGUGACAGUGUACCCAGCCGAUGUGGUCCUGUUUGAGGGCAUCCUAAUGUUCUACUCCCAGGAGAUCAGAGACCUCUUUCAGAUGAAACUGUUUGUAGACACAGACCCAGACACAAGACUGUCACGCCGAGUGCUAAGAGACAUCAGUGAGCGUGGAAGGGACCUGGAGCAAGUACUGACACAGUACAUAACUUUUGUUAAACCGGCCUUUGAGGAGUUCUGUUUACCAACCAAGAAAUAUGCAGAUGUGAUCAUUCCGCGAGGAGCAGAUAACCUUGUGGCCAUCAACCUGAUAGUACAGCACAUCCAAGACAUUCUGAACGGUGGACUGAGCAAGCGUCACAACGGUUGCAUGAACGGUCACAGCACUCCACGGCAACGACGGACAUCAGAGUCCAGCAGCCGGCCACAUUGACCUCACCACACCUGUCUCCUCAGGGCAGGUGUAGAGCUGUAAAUAAUGCCUGUCGGCAUCACUGUAUUUAAGAGGAAAAAAGGAACAAAAAAAUGCAAAAAGAAUUGAAAUGCCUUUUAUUAUUACACUAUUAUGACUACUCUUGUUAUUAGUUACUUCUAUUGUAAUUGUUGAAUUGAUUUAGAAUUCUGUCGGGGGUAAAAGAUAUGGGCAUGCUUUUUCUUUUACUUUUUUUUCCUCCCCUCCACAACAAGACCAUGGGUUGAAAUUGAUCCCAUGUCUUUUCCUCCCUCAUGACAUUUUGUUUUUAUGUAUCCCCUGCUGCUGUGAGAAUUCUUGCAGAAAAAAAAGAAUAAAAGGGGGGGACCCUUUUUUUUUUUUUAAUUUUAUUUAUUUUUUAAAAUGUCUGAUAAAACUUGAACCCGUGAUGGCUGGGGAAGCUGAUCAUGUUUGGAGUUCCAAGCAGGAAGAGAAAUAGUUUGAAGAGGAGUUUAAUAACCCAGGAUUUCACUCUGUAUUUCUGUUGACAAUCUUGGGAGGGUUUCCUACCCCUUUGUCAGUGUUUUUGAGUUCUUACACUGUUAUUUGAAAUGUUUUACUCCAGAGAUCUCUGUGUUUACCACAUGCAAUCUUUCCACUGCGUUCAUUAAUGCCUGCAGCAGCACCGUUCACACUACAUGACUUAACAGUUCUGAUUGCCACAUGCCGCAUCAUAACAUGACCACAGGUACUGGAGGAUUAACAGCCAAAGGCUGAGAGAUUCACAUGAUGACUGCUACAUUGAUUCAGUCCAGGGUGUUAAUGGGUGUUUUGACAUUUUUGGACACUUUUCCCCCCUCUUUUCAGUGGCCUAGGUUGUGUGAAAUAUUAACUCUCAAAUCAAAGCUUCUGAACAUAAGUGCUCCUCUUCUGUGAUUGAUUUAGCAUUGUAUUUUCCCAUCUGCAACUGGGGAAUUGAUAUUUGCCUAUAUUAUUUACAUCUUGUAUAUUCUGAUAUACCCUAAUUAUGUCAAGGAGAUUUUACCAUCAUACACAAUAAACAUCCAGCUCUGAA